CAGACACACACACACACACACACACACAUAUACCCGUGCGUGCGCCUCUGGCUCCGCACUGGAGUCAGUGCUGGUGCGUGCAGGUUGCUCAGACCUGAAAUCUGAGGGAAAAGCUCAGCGUUUGCGUCGCUGCUCCUGCCGCCGGUGGUGGUAGCGGUGAAGAGAAGAGGGGCUUGUGUGAUUUUUUUUUUUCUUUUUCUUUUUUUUUUAUUCCCCCCCACUGAAUUCAAUGGAUGUGAACUUGGAACCUUUGGACCUCGGUGGUUUUGGAAUAUCUACAUGCUGAUCCUUUUUAUUUUGACACAUCAGGUUGUUUGGGGAAACCAUCCGAAGACAGCAAGAUGUUUCUCGUUCUCUUGUACUUCGCUUUGCCCUUAGUGGAUGUACUUUUGUGUGCAGAAGUGAGCGGGCUGCCUGGAGGGGACCGCCUCGACUGCGUGAAAGCCAGCGAUCAGUGUCUGAAGGAGCAGAGCUGUAGUACUAAAUACAGGACACUGAGGCAGUGUGUAGCCGGUAAAGAGAGCAACUUCAGCCGGGCCACGGGCCUGGAGGCGAAGGACGAAUGCAGAAGCGCCAUGGAAGCUCUCAAGCAGAAAUCCCUCUACAACUGUCGCUGUAAGAGGGGCAUGAAGAAGGAGAAAAACUGCCUGCGCAUUUACUGGAGCAUGUACCAGAGCUUGCAGGGAAAUGACUUACUUGAAGAUUCCCCUUAUGAGCCAGUUAACAGCAGACUAUCAGACAUAUUCAGGCUAGCACCAAUUGUAUCAGUGGAGCCAGUACUUUCAAAGGGGAACAAUUGCUUGGAUGCAGCAAAAGCUUGCAACCUAAAUGAUACCUGCAAGAGGUUCAGAUCUGCUUACAUAACCCCCUGCACCAGCAGCACGUCUAAUGAAAUCUGUAACAAGCGGAAGUGUCAUAAGGCCCUCCGGCUAUUUUUUGACAAAGUCCCCCCAAAGCACAGCUAUGGGAUGCUCUUCUGCUCCUGUCGAGACGUAGCCUGUACAGAAAGGAGACGGCAGACUAUUGUUCCUGUGUGUUCAUAUGAGGACAGGGAGAAACCAAACUGCCUGAAUUUGCAAGAAUCCUGCAAGAAGAAUUACAUCUGCAGAUCUCGCCUUGCAGAUUUCUUCACAAACUGCCAGCCUGAGUCACGGUCUGUUAGCAGCUGUCUGAAGGAGAACUAUGCUGACUGCCUGCUCGCUUACUCGGGGCUUAUUGGCACCGUGAUGACACCAAACUACAUAGACUCAAACAGUCUCAGUGUUGCCCCGUGGUGCGACUGCAGCAACAGUGGUAAUGACAGAGAGGAAUGCGAGAAGUUCCUGAGUUUCUUCCAGGACAACAUAUGCCUUAAAAAUGCAAUUCAGGCCUUCGGCAACGGUACUGAUGUGAAUGUCUGGCAGCCAAUCUUACCAGUACAGACCACUACAGCCACAACUACAACAGCUUCCAGACUUAAAAACACAGGUUCAGAGACCACCAACAAUGAAAUACCCUCCCACAAUGAUUCACCAGCAUGUGCAAACCUGCAGGCACAGAAGAAGCGAAAAUCCAAUGAAUCUGUAGAUACAGAGCUCUGUCUUAAUGAGAAUGCUAUUGGGAAGGACAACACAGCAGGAGUCUCCACCAGUCACAUAUCUGCGGAGAAUUCACUCGCUCUUCCUACAAGCUUCUAUCUAAGCACACAGCUCACCCUGAUGACACUUGCACUCUCACUCUGUUUGUCCCUAAGCUCAUCAGUCGUCUUGUAGCUGCAUUACAUUACAAAAGGACGUGUAAAAAAAAAAAAUCUGUUUGCUGUCCUCUGUUGUUUAUCUGGAAUUCCAGGUCUGGGAGCUAAGCUGAGGCACACCUGUUAGAACAGUCUCAGUCAGCUGGAAUUUUACUUUUUUUUCUCUCUAAAAAAAGCUUCUUGUGAUAUUUAGAGGCUUUGUGAAAUACUUGGUGCAGUGCUACAUUCCAAACCCAAAAGGCUUUUGGGCAUGCAGUGUUUUAAAGAGACAGUGUGUAAAUUUGCCUGUAAAGCGACCUGGUUGGAUUAUUUUAAUAAUUAUUAUUUUAAUUCUGGCUUUUAUCUGAGAAGGAAGAUGGCAGUUUUCUUAAGAUCUUGUUUAUCUCAUUGAAUGGUUUUGGUUUUCAAAAUGGUUGAACUUCAGGCUAUCAAGGAUGCCAGGCUUUUGUCUAAUGGUGAAUGUUCUCCCAGAGAGUGGACUUUAUGAAACUUCUUCAUUUGAUAAAUCGCUACUGAUGUUAAACUCUUUCAAUGUGUUAGCAUUUUCCUCUUUAAAUGUUUACGUACUGUAAGUGAUUCUGCGUUCCCUGCUGAGAAGCCAUUAUAAUUCACAUACAGGUAUAAUGUAUGUCUUUCAGUUAAAUUCUCAUAAAAAUAGAGUGUGGCGUAGAACCUUCUAACAGUACAUUUAUCUUUUAAUUAUAAUCAUCUAGCCUUAACAAGAGUGAAGAUUCUUUAAAUUAGCAAGAAGCAGCCAUUGUGAAAGCUUGAUAAAGAUACAUUUCUUUAAAUAUGAGGAACAAUUUUGCUACAGGGUUUCAGCUGUACAGUCUAUGGUCUUCUAUGCUUCCAUUGUGAUAAUAUAGUCCAGUUAUUAUACUGUUUGUUUAAUAAAAAAAUGACAUACAAUUUAUUUGCUCUACUAAAACGUUAUCUGUUUAUACAUACUUGAUAAUGUCAGAUCAAAAAGUUACAGGAACUUCAUGCCUUACUUCUCUUAUCAAAACAUUGUAGAGGGACAAGAGGAAGUAGGAUAUUAUUUAAAUUGUGGUUUAUCUCUUACACUGCUAAAAUGAACACAAAAAAUGGUUGACCCAGUUACAAGGCAGCGCCAUGCACACACACCCAUGUGACACGAUUUUCUCACUGUGGUAGUUCCUACUACAGACCUUGGCAUUGCUGACAUGAUGAACUGUUUGCAAGACCAGUCCCAUAAAUUAAUUCGGUGGUUCAGGUGGCAAUAUUGCCAAUAUACAUGGUUUAAUCUCAUGGUUUAAUCUCUUGCUCAGUGAC